GGGGACAGGGAGCUGGACUCCCCAGGCUUGAACCUGGCCCCCAGAUCUUGCACUUCAAGUAGGAAGCCCCGUCCUGUGAAUCCCCCAGGGAAAGAUCGGGUUUGAAAAAGCCCAGAACCACCGCCUCCUGUCAGAUUCUCUGUAGGAAAACAAGCCAGAGAAGGUUAGAUAAAUAAGCAAAGGGAUCCAGGGCCGGGGGCCAGGCUGAGUGACUAGCUUCCCACCGAUGUUGCUGGAGAGCUGUGAGCUGUUAAGUGAAAAUAAGGACUAUCAGAAACAGAAAUAGCAAGCUGGUCAUGCGCUGAGACACGUGUUUUGCUGAGCAUCUGUACACUCGAGGCGUGGAGCAUGGAAUGCUAGACAGACUUGGCACUGCCCCCAGAGGCUGCUCGGCUGAGGUCUGCGUGGGGGUGGGGCUACCACUAAGCAAAUAAGUACCGAGAACUUCAUCGCUUAUUGGAAAYGUAGGAAGGAUAAGGUGCCCCACGUUGGACCAUGAAGCUGGCCACAGCAGCCCUGUUGCUGGGUCUCGUCGUGAUGGUGGCGGCUAGAGAGGAGGAGGAAGAAAACGACCCGUGUGUGUACGAGAACCUGCCCUACGAGGACACCGGCCUGUGCAAGGGCCUUGAUGUUUUCUACCCAGAGGUGGGAAAUGUCGCCUGCAUGUUUAUUCCUGACUGCAACAACUUCAGGCAUAAGAUCACCGACUGGAUGGAGCCGAUCGUCAAGUUCCCCGGAGCCCUUGAAGGUGCAACCUACACCUUGAUGAUGGUGGAUCCCGAUGCUCCCAGCAGGUCAGAGCCCACCAAGAAAUACUGGAGACAUUGGCUGGUGACCGAUAUCAAGGGCAAUGACUUAAAGAAAGGGAAUAUUCAGGGCCAGGUGCUAACACCCUACAAGCCUCCUUCCCCACCAGCAAAUAGUGGCUUCCAUCGCUACCAGUUGUUAGUCUAUCUUCAGGAAAGGGACGAGGUCAUCUCUCUUCUUCCCAAGGAAAGCAAAUCUCGAGGCUCCUGGAAUAUGGAAAGUUUUCUGAACCGCUUCCAUCUGAGAGAGCCCGAAGCAAGCACCCAGUUCAUGACCCAGAACUCCCAAGACUCACCAAUGAUCCAGGCUUUCAGAGGAGGCGUCAGGUAUUUCAAGGACAAACCCAAGUAGAGAUAACCGCCUGCUGGACCAAGGCUUCAACUUCUAGGCAYGUGUCCACAUUGCCUACCGACAGAUGGAAUCCCCUCUGGGUAUGGGUCCCUUAU